GCAUAUCACAUCUCCCUGCUUGUAGCAGGCUGAUGAGUGUGUGCAGUUAGUGCAGGCACACACAUACUUCUGCGCUUUCCCUGAAAGUGGAGCAUUAGCAACUGCAGUCAAAACGCACCGUUGCUUCCUCAGCUCUGAUCCGAGCAGCAACUGUCUGAUUCUGUCUGGAGGAGCUUGGAGACGGCACUGGAGGCAAGUUUAAAAAGGACCUAGUGACACCCUGCUGUCACAUCUGGUUUCAGGGACCUACUUAUUAGUAGUCCAUUUAAAAUCACUUUCCUAGUCCCAUCUGUAGUGCACAUUCUUGAGAAGUGGCUGGCUGGCGAGGAAGGAGCACGCUGCUGAAGGCCCCAGCUACUGUUAAGACUGGCAAGAAAAUAUUAUUGACAGAUUGGACACUGUAGUCCUCCAGACAACAUUAAUCUAUUGGUGAUUCUGAAGUGAAGAUGUGAUUGAUGCUGUAGCAGAAACUGGUGAUAUAGGAAGUUGGCUGCAUUUUCAGAGAAGUUUUUGGACAUCCUUCUGCCUUUAUUAAGGAUGGACAUAUUUCUUUGUUUGGAAAUUAAGAUGUUCUCUGCUUCUAGGACACCAUGGUGAAAAUCUGUAAUUAAGGACGCUGGUAAUAAUAUAUGGAUUCUGUUGGAGAUAGAGUAUCAUACAAGUAUUGGAUGAAAUAUUUACCUGGCAAACAGACUUGCUGCUACAUUUCAAGUGACCUUGUCUUGGUGUACAGAAUACCAUCCCAUGAGGCAGUGCUGAGACACAGCUAUUAAGAAGAGUGAGCCCUGCAAAGAAGACUUUCCAACUUUACAGUAAGAUUGAGUGUCUCAGCCCAGACAAUGGGCCCCUGCCUCCAGGAGUGUGCGACUGAAAUAAAUCCACGGAGUUGAGCAGCCGCACUCUGUCGUGACCGCGAGCCGAAGCUGGAUUCUGACACACAAACUUCCAUGGAGCAUAAGCCAGGGGAGAGCAUGCAGUGAGGAUGGCUGGACCAUUGCAGUGGCGCACUGAUUUUUGUGGAUGGUGAUCACAAAAAGGGAAUUGAAGAGACCACCCGAGUUAUUCUGACACAUGACUUCAGUGCUUUCUUUUCUUAGACAGAUGAGGAUCUGAAAUAUGUAGACUGAGAAUAACACGUCUAGGUUAAAACAGUAUCCUACAAGAAUCAUUUGAUGGAUUGUUCCUAGAUAUUUCUUAGAAGGCAACUACCAAAAGUUAUUCUAAUCUGACCGCCACACAGACGUCAUUAUUUUAAUGUUGAAUACUCAGACAAGGGUGCCAUGGAUGUAAAGGAAAGGAAGCCGUAUCGAUCUCUGACUCGGCGCCGUGACACUGAGCGCCGCUACACCAGCUCUUCAGCCGAGAGUGAGGACAGCAAGGCACCCCAGAAGUCCUACAGCUCCAGCGAGACCCUGAAGGCUUAUGAUCAGGACUCCAGGCUGACUUACAGCAAUCGGGUCAAAGACAUGGUGCACCAGGAGGCUGAUGAAUUCUGCCGAGCAGGAGCCAACUUCUCUUUACGAGAGCUGGGACUUGAAGAUGUGACACCGACACACGGGGCUUUGUACCGGACCGACAUUGGGCUGCCUCACUGUGGCUACUCCCUCAGCGCCGGCUCAGAUGCGGACACGGAGGCAGAUGUGGUCAUGUCACCCGAGCACCCAGUGAGGAUCUGGGGACGCAACACCAAGUCCGGGCGCAGCUCCUGCUUGUCAAGCCGGGCCAACUCCAACCUCACCCUCACCGACACAGAGCAUGAGAAUACUGAAACAGGUCCCCCCCUGCCCUGUUCGUCCGCCUCCUCCACCCCCCGCUCGCAGUCCCCCUCCCCUCUCCCCUCGCCGCCGGCCAAUGAGGGCCCGGGGCGGUCGCUGGGCGACGGCGCGGCCCGGGCGGCCGCGGGCUCGGACUCUGAGGAAGAGUUUGUCCCUCAGUCAUUCUUAGUUCAAAGUGGCUCUGGAAACCUCUGUGCCGCCGCCAACGAUCAUCCUCCAAAUAUUCAAAAUCAUUCAAGACUUCGAACUCCACCUCCUCCAAUAUCACAUGCUCACACCCCAAAUCAGCAUCACGCAGCCUCCAUCAAUUCCCUGAACAGAGGGAACUUCACUCCACGCAGCAACCCCAGCCCAGCUCCCACGGACCACUCUCUCUCUGGAGAACAGCCAGCCACUACUCAAGAGCCAGCCCAUGCUCAGGACAACUGGUUACUCAACAGUAACAUCCCACUGGAGACAAGAAACAUAGCAAAGCAGACAUUCCUAGAGACAUUGCAGGACAACCUCAUUGAGAUGGACAUUCUCACCUCCUCCCGACAUGACGGUGCUUACAAUGAUGGGCACUUCCUGUUCAAACCUGGAGGCACUUCUCCCCUUUUUUGUACAACGUCGCCGGGAUAUCCCCUGACAUCCAGCACUGUGUACUCGCCUCCCCCUAGGCCCCUUCCCAGAAGUACCUUUUCUAGGCCUGCCUUUAACCUGAAGAAACCCUAUAAGUACUGUAACUGGAAAUGUGCUGCUCUGAGUGCCAUUGUCAUCUCAGUCACGCUGGUGAUCCUGCUGGCCUAUUUCAUAGCCAUGCACCUGUUUGGCCUAAACUGGCACCUGCAGCCGAUGGAAGGGCAGAUGUAUGAGAUCACGGAAGACACAGCCAGCAGUUGGCCAGUGCCAACGGACGUCUCCUUAUAUCCUUCGGGGGGCACAGGGUUAGAGUUACCUGACAGGAAAGGCAAAGGAGCCAGUGAAGGAAAGCCCAGUAGUUUCUUUCCAGACGACAGUUUUAUAGACUCCGGAGAAAUUGAUGUAGGCAGACGAGCCACACAGAAGAUCCCCCCUGGUAUCUUUUGGAGAUCUCAGGUGUUCAUCGACCACCCAGUGCAUCUGAAAUUCAAUGUGUCUUUAGGAAAGGCUGCUCUUGUUGGCAUCUAUGGCAGAAAAGGACUCCCACCAUCACACACACAGUUUGACUUUGUCGAGCUCCUUGAUGGAAGACGUCUGCUGACCCAGGAGGCGAGAAGCUUGGAAGGACCUCAGCGGCAGCACAGAGCUUUUGUGCCCUUGGCCAGCCACGAGACAGGAUUUAUCCAGUAUUUAGAUUCAGGAAUAUGGCAUUUAGCCUUCUACAAUGAUGGCAAGGAAUCGGAAGUGGUUUCUUUCCUUACUACUGCUAUUGAAUCAGUGGAUAACUGUCCCAGUAAUUGCUAUGGGAAUGGAGACUGCGUGUCUGGGACUUGCCAUUGCUUCCUUGGCUUUCUGGGCCCUGACUGUGGCAGAGCGUCCUGCCCAGUGCUGUGCAGUGGAAAUGGGCAGUACAUGAAGGGAAGGUGCUUGUGCCACAGUGGCUGGAAAGGAGCAGAGUGUGAUGUCCCAACCAACCAGUGCAUCGAUGUCUCCUGCAAUAACCAUGGCACAUGCAUCAUGGGCACCUGUAUCUGCAACCCGGGAUACAAAGGCGAGAGCUGUGAAGAAGUGGACUGCAUGGAUCCUACCUGCUCGGGACGAGGCGUGUGUGUCCGAGGAGAAUGUCACUGUUCGGUUGGCUGGGGAGGAACAAAUUGUGAGACCCCGAGAGCCACCUGUCUGGAUCAGUGCUCUGGUCAUGGGACCUUCCUCCCGGAUACUGGACUCUGCAGCUGCGAUCCCAACUGGACCGGCCAUGACUGCUCAAUCGAGAUUUGUGCAGCGGACUGCGGAGGACAUGGCGUUUGUGUGGGAGGCACCUGCCGCUGCGAGGAGGGCUGGAUGGGCACAGCCUGUGAUCAGCGAGCGUGUCACCCACGCUGCAACGAGCACGGGACCUGCCGGGACGGCAAGUGUGAAUGCAGCCCGGGCUGGAACGGAGAGCACUGCACCAUUGCUCACUAUCUGGAUAAGGUAGUGAAAGAGGGAUGCCCUGGCUUGUGCAAUGGCAAUGGCAGAUGCACUCUGGACAUGAACGGCUGGCACUGCGUCUGCCAGCUGGGCUGGAGAGGAGCAGGCUGUGACACUUCCAUGGAGACGGCAUGCGGUGAUGGGAAAGACAACGAUGGAGAUGGCCUGGUGGAUUGCAUGGACCCAGACUGCUGCUUGCAGCCACUCUGCCACGUUAAUGCUCUGUGCCUGGGCUCCCCGGACCCCCUGGAUAUCAUCCAGGAGACACAAGCCCCCGUCUCCCAGCAGAGCUUGCAUUCCUUCUAUGAUCGAAUCAAGUUCCUGAUUGGCAAGGACAGCACUCACGUCAUCCCAGGGGACAAUCCUUUUGAAGGCGGACAUGCAUGUGUGAUUCGAGGCCAGGUGAUGACAGCAGAUGGGACCCCUUUAGUUGGAGUGAACAUCAGCUUUGUCAACAAUCCUCUGUUUGGAUACACAAUCAGCAGACAAGAUGGCAGCUUUGAUCUUGUUACCAUUGGUGGAAUCUCCAUUAUCCUGCACUUUGAGCGGGCUCCCUUCAUCACCCAGGAGCACACGCUGUGGCUGCCAUGGGAUCGCUUUUUUGUAAUGGAAACCAUCAUCAUGAGGCACGAAGAGAACGAGAUCCCAAGCUGUGACCUCAGUAACUUCGCCCGGCCCAACCCUGUGGUCUCUCCUUCUCCGCUCACUGCUUUCGCAACUUCUUGCUCAGAGAAAGGUCCUAUUGUUCCUGAAAUCCAGGCUCUACAAGAGGAGAUUAACGUUUCCGGCAGUAAAAUAAAAGUGAGUUACCUGAGCAGCCGCACAGCUGGCUACAAAUCAGUGCUGAGGAUCAGCAUGACCCACCCCACCAUCCCCUUCAACCUCAUGAAAGUCCACCUCAUGGUGGCUGUCGAGGGACGCCUCUUCAGGAAGUGGUUUGCAGCAGCCCCAGACCUGUCCUACUAUUUCAUCUGGGACAAGACAGAUGUCUACAGCCAGAAGGUGUAUGGGCUCUCAGAAGCCUUCGUUUCAGUAGGUUAUGAGUAUGAAUCCUGUCCAGACUUAAUCCUGUGGGAGAAGAGGACAGCUGUGCUUCAGGGUUAUGAAAUUGAUGCUUCCAAACUUGGAGGAUGGUCCCUGGACAAACACCAUGCCCUCAACAUACAAAGUGGCAUCUUGCAUAAGGGAAAUGGGGAAAACCAGUUCAUUUCCCAGCAGCCACCUGUAAUUGGAAGCAUUAUGGGCAACGGCCGCAGGCGGAGCAUUUCUUGUCCAAGCUGCAAUGGUCUGGCAGAUGGAAACAAACUCCUGGCUCCUGUUGCCCUAACAUGUGGGUCUGAUGGAAGUCUUUAUGUUGGAGAUUUCAACUACAUCCGAAGGAUCUUUCCCUCUGGCAAUGUCACCAACAUACUGGAGCUGAGAAAUAAAGAUUUCAGACAUAGCCACAGCCCAGCUCAUAAGUAUUACUUGACCACAGAUCCGAUCACCGGCUCCAUCUACCUCUCAGACACCAACAGCCGACGUAUCUAUAAAAUCAAGUCAACCACGUCAGUGAAAGACAUUGUGAAGAACUCAGAGGUCUUGGCUGGAACUGGGGAUCAGUGCCUCCCAUUUGAUGAUACCCGCUGUGGAGAUGGAGGCAAAGGCACUGAUGCCACCCUUACAAAUCCCAGGGGUAUCACCGUGGACAAGUUUGGGCUGAUUUACUUUGUGGAUGGCACCAUGAUUAGGAGGAUUGAUCAGAAUGGAAUAAUCUCCACUGUGUUGGGUUCCAAUGACUUGACAUCUGCUCGGCCUCUCAGCUGUGACUCUGUUAUGGACAUUUCUCAGGUUCGUCUGGAAUGGCCCACGGAUCUGGCAGUGAAUCCCAUGGAUAAUUCGCUCUAUGUCCUUGACAACAACGUUGUGCUGCAGAUCUCUGAGAACCACCAAGUGCGCAUCGUGGCGGGGAGGCCCAUGCACUGCCAGGUGCCAGGCAUGGAUCACUUUCUCCUCAGCAAGGUGGCAAUCCACGCCACGCUGGAGUCAGCCACCGCCCUGGCCGUGUCCCACAACGGGGUGCUGUACAUCGCCGAGACCGACGAGAAGAAGAUCAACCGCAUCAGGCAGGUCACCACCAACGGGGAGAUCUCCCUGGUCGCCGGCGCCCCGAGCAGCUGUGACUGCAAGAACGAUGCCAACUGCGACUGCUUCUCGGGGGACGACGGCUACGCCAAGGACGCCAAGCUCAACGCGCCCUCCUCGCUCGCCGUGUGUGCCGACGGGGAGCUGUACGUCGCCGACCUGGGGAACAUCCGAAUCCGCUUCAUUCGGAAAAACAAACCCUUCCUCAACACACAAAAUCUCUAUGAGUUAUCCUCACCUAUAGAUCAGGAACUCUACUUGUUUGACACCAGUGGGAAGCACCUUUAUACUCAGAGCCUUACCACUGGAGAUUAUCUUUACAAUUUUACUUAUUCUGGAGAUGGAGAUAUAACCCUGAUCACUGACAAUAAUGGCAACUUAGUCAACAUCCGAAGAGAUUCCACAGGGAUGCCCCUCUGGCUGGUGGUGCCCGAUGGCCAAGUCUACUGGGUGACAAUUGGUACCAACAGUGCACUCAAAAGUGUAACAACACAGGGGCAUGAAGUAGCCAUGAUGACUUACCACGGCAACUCUGGUCUCCUUGCCACUAAAAGCAAUGAAAAUGGCUGGACAACAUUUUAUGAAUACGACAGCUUUGGCCGCCUGACCAACGUGACCUUCCCUACUGGGCAAGUGAGCAGCUUCCGCAGCGACACCGACAGCUCUGUGCACGUCCAGGUGGAAACCUCCAGCAAGGAUGAUGUUACAAUAACAACCAAUUUGUCAGCAUCAGGGGCCUUCUACACCCUGCUCCAAGACCAAGUCCGAAACAGCUACUACAUCGGUGCUGAUGGCUCCCUCAGACUGAUGCUCGCCAAUGGCAUGGAGGUGGCCUUGCAGACCGAGCCACAUCUGCUGGCUGGCACGGUCAACCCCACGGUGGGGAAGAGAAAUGUCACCCUGCCCAUCGACAACGGCCUCAACCUCGUGGAGUGGAGGCAGAGGAAGGAGCAAGCGAGAGGGCAGGUCACCGUCUUUGGACGUCGGCUGAGGGUUCACAACAGAAACCUGCUGUCCCUUGACUUUGAUCGUGUGACAAGGACUGAGAAAAUCUAUGAUGACCACCGCAAGUUCACGCUCCGCAUCCUCUACGACCAGGCAGGGAGGCCCAGUCUCUGGUCACCCAGCAGCAGACUGAAUGGGGUCAAUGUCACCUAUUCCCCAGGAGGACACAUUGCAGGGAUUCAGAGGGGCACAAUGUCAGAAAGGAUGGAGUACGAUCAGUCUGGCAGAAUUACAUCCAGAAUCUUUGCUGAUGGUAAAUCAUGGAGCUACACCUACUUGGAGAAGUCCAUGGUGCUGCUCCUUCACAGCCAGAGACAGUACAUCUUUGAGUUUGACAAGAAUGACCGGUUGUCCUCGGUGACCAUGCCCAACGUUGCCCGUCAGACUUUGGAAACCAUUCGUUCCAUUGGUUACUACAGGAACAUCUACCGGCCACCAGAAGGCAAUGCCUCAGUAAUUCAGGACUUCACAGAAGAUGAGCAGCUCCUCCACACUUUGUACUUGGGCACUGGGAGACGCGUCAUCUACAAGUAUGGGAAGCUGUCCAAGUUAGCCGAGAUGCUCUACGACACCACAAAGAUCAGUUUCACAUACGACGAAACUGCGGGCAUGCUGAAGACCAUAAACCUGCAGAAUGAAGGGUUCACCUGCACAAUCAGGUACAGACAGAUAGGGCCCCUCAUUGACCGACAGAUUUUCCGCUUCACUGAGGAGGGCAUGGUGAAUGCACGCUUUGACUACAACUAUGACAACAGCUUCCGCGUGACCAGCAUGCAAGCGGUCAUCAACGAGACACCUUUGCCUAUCGAUCUCUACAGGUACGAUGACGUGUCAGGCAAAACUGAGCAAUUCGGUAAAUUCGGGGUCAUCUACUAUGAUAUCAACCAGAUUAUCACCACUGCUGUCAUGACCCACACUAAACAUUUUGAUGCCUAUGGCAGGAUGAAGGAGGUCCAGUAUGAGAUAUUCCGGUCUCUCAUGUACUGGAUGACUGUGCAGUACGACAACAUGGGUAGAGUGGUUAAGAAGGAGCUGAAGGUUGGCCCUUACGCAAACACAACUCGUUACUCAUAUGAAUAUGAUGCUGAUGGCCAGUUGCAGACUGUGUCUAUCAAUGACAAACCUCUCUGGCGUUACAGCUAUGACCUAAAUGGAAACCUCCAUCUGUUGAGUCCAGGGAAUAGUGCCCGCCUUACACCACUCAGGUAUGACCUCAGGGAUAGGAUUACUAGACUGGGGGAUGUGCAGUACAAAAUGGAUGAAGAUGGCUUCCUGAAGCAAAGGGGCAAUGAUAUUUUUGAGUACAAUUCAGCUGGCCUGCUCAUCAAAGCCUACAAUAAAGCAAGUGGGUGGAGUGUGAAGUACCGCUAUGAUGGCCUAGGAAGGAGAGUCUCCAGCAAAACCAGCCAUGGCCACCACUUGCAGUUCUUCUAUGCAGAUCUGACCAACCCAACAAAAGUGACCCACUUGUACAACCACUCGAGCUCUGAGAUCACCUCUCUGUACUAUGACCUCCAGGGCCACCUCUUUGCAAUGGAGCUCAGCAGCGGCGAUGAAUUCUACAUAGCCUGCGAUAACAUUGGCACUCCUUUGGCUGUCUUCAGUGGGACUGGCUUAAUGAUCAAGCAGAUACUGUACACAGCAUAUGGGGAGAUCUAUAUGGACACUAAUCCCAACUUCCAGAUCAUCAUCGGCUACCAUGGAGGACUGUAUGACCCCCUCACGAAGCUCAUCCACAUGGGGCGGAGAGACUACGAUGUGCUAGCAGGUCGCUGGACAAGUCCGGACCAUGAUAUGUGGAAGCAUCUGAGUAGCAAUAACAUAAUGCCUUUCAACCUGUAUAUGUUCAAAAACAACAACCCCAUUAGCAAUUCUCAGGAUAUCAAAUGUUACAUGACAGAUGUCAACAGUUGGCUGCUCACCUUUGGGUUCCAGCUGCACAAUGUCAUCCCCGGCUACCCCAAGCCAGAUAUGGAUGCCAUGGAGCCAUCCUAUGAGCUAAUCCACACACAGAUGAAAACCCAAGAAUGGGACAAUAGCAAGUCCAUUUUGGGGGUCCAGUGUGAAGUGCAGAAGCAGCUGAAGGCUUUUGUCACCCUGGAGCGCUUUGAACAGAUCUACAGCUCCAGCAUCGCUGGGUGCCGGCACAUCAAGAAGAACAAGAACUUUGCUUCAGGAGGCUCCAUCUUUGGCAAGGGCGUCAAGUUCGCCAUGAAAGACGGGCGUGUGGCCACGGACAUCAUCAGCGUGGCCAAUGAGGAUGGACGGAGGAUCGCAGCCAUCCUGAACAAUGCCCACUACCUGGAGAACUUGCACUUCACCAUCGACGGGGUGGACACGCACUAUUUCAUCAAGCAGGGGCCGUCGGAGGGUGACCUGUCCAUCCUGGGCCUCAGCGGCGGGCGGAGGACCCUGGAGAACGGCGUGAAUGUGACAGUGUCCCAGAUCAACACAGUGCUGAGUGGGAGGACUAGACGCUACACGGACAUCCAGCUCCAGUACGGUGCACUGUGUCUAAACACGCGCUACGGGACCACCUUGGACGAGGAGAAGGCACGCGUCCUGGAGCUGGCCCGACAGCGCGCCGUCACCCAAGCUUGGUCCCGGGAACAGCAGAGACUGCGGGAUGGGGAGGAGGGUAUUCGCUCGUGGACAGAAGGGGAGAAGCAACAAGUGCUAAACACGGGCCGGGUACAGGGCUACGAUGGCUAUUUUGUGAUCUCAGUGGAGCAGUACCCUGAACUCUCAGACAGCGCCAACAACAUCCACUUCAUGAGACAGAGUGAAAUGGGCAGAAGGUGACAGAGAGGGUCAAUGCGGUGACUUCUUGCCAAAGACAGCUACUCUUUUGUGGCCACUUACCUGACUGUGUUGUACUCAAUCCUUUUUCUAAACUGAACAAGGUGGGGUGGGAGGAAGAUAGAAAGAGAAGGAAUAAUACGGUUGCACUGUAACUCAUGCAACAUACUUUUUUCCCGCUUUAAUUUGGCCUUCAUGCGUUUUUUGCAAUGAACAGAAGGUAUAUUUUGCCGUAGUGUGAUCACAGUGAAAUUUACUGUCUCUUGUCCUUUUUUCUGUUUGUUUGUUUUGGGUUUUUUUGUUUCUUUUCCCCCUUCUUUGUGAGGAAUUUGAAGUGGGGAGUCGUCAACGUAAGUCCUUAGGUGUAAGUGCAAAAUGGGUGUCUGUGCUAACUUGUGUCAUCCUAACCCUUUCUAAUUUGGGGCAGGGACAUAGCCUUCCACCUGGAGCAGGGAGAGCCCAUGGCAUGCCAGAGAGCUCUUCCCAGAAAGAAAGGAGAUGGAAGACAACGCUGAUUCUGAUACUCUGAAAGUGACCGUCCGAAUCAUGUGCCUCAAAAGGGACCUUACAAGUAGUUUUCACGUUUCACUUGGGACAUAAAGUGUUUCUUUGGGGGCUCCUGCUGAGCAGAAGUAGAUUAUAGAGGCAAAGGAGCUGAUUAUAUUACCUUGCAAGAUGAUUCUCUUCCUUCCUGAACUGGAAUAAAAAAAGAGAAAAAAUUGGUCUUUUUUCAUUAUGAGAGUAGAUACUUUUUGGGUUUUUUUGUGUGUGCGCAAAUCCUGGUUUUAGUUAAAUAACCUAGCAAAAGCCAAGAAAAGGGACUCCUGCUCUAUUGAGAAAAGCUAAAAUAAAUCCUCUCUCAUACGUAGAGCUGUUCUAUAGGUGGAUUUAAUGCACCCAUGUUGUACAUUUGCUAAUGGCAUAACUUCAUUAAAUGUAUAGUGUUUCAGUACAUGAGGCUACGUGUUUAACAGUCCACUGUGCUGUAUCUGAUAAAACCAGUUAAUUUCUAGGAAGCUGAUUUGAAUUUAAAAGUAGUUAUAGUAUCCCAGUGACAUACCACUGAAAAUUAGAGUCAAACCCUGCUUUUCCUGAUUCUGGAGCUUGUAUUUAUUGGCUGGGAAAUGCAGUUUGGAGUAGCAUGCUGGCAAGUCAUUUAUGACUAUGGCAGAUAAAUGUCUCCUGGGGACUUUGGCAGCAGGGAUUUUAAAAUGUUUAAUAAGUAGCAACAGCUUGUGCGUGGUGGGACAAGAAGGAGAAUAUGAAAUCAACCCUCUCACUGUUUCUUACAUGAGCUCAAAUUUAAUGGAGAGCCCAUUUGACUGUUAGCAGUGACGAGGGGGAGGUUCAAUGGAAAUGCCCACUACAGAGAGGACCAAGUGCUUUAAUAAGAAACUGCUGACAAAGUUGCUCGGCAUGCUAAUGUAAUUUUUAUUCACAUAACCUCUGUGCUCUGGUAUUUGGAAGAGUCCUUGAAAUUCAGGGGAGCAAGGAGAUGAGGUCAGCAUCCUCUUCCCUGCCUGAAACAGUCCUGUGCUGUUCCUGCAGGCAGAAGUGUUACCCCACCUCUCAAUGGAGCUCUGGCUGGAGGUGGCUAACCCUGGUCCUAGAUAGAUGUCUCUAUCACACUGAUACCUGCAUAUGUCCUGACUGUAAGAGCUCUCUUGUGUCUCUCUGGGACCAGCUCAGCCCUGAUUUUUUAAUUUUUUUUUAAUUCCAUCCACUUUGGCUUUUCCCAGUUCUACAGAGAGAUAACCCAAGACAACUCCAUGCCAAGGCUGUUUCCUUACUCGGAGUCCUACAAUGCACCUGUGUACUCAGAGGCAGCUCUUCUGCACUCAUGCCACCACCACUGCCAUCCUCCAGCACAGACUGGCACCCCUCUGCAGGAUCUGAGCCCCAGAUACAGCGGGGGCAUGUGUUGGCCAUGCAGUCCUUGAGCAGUGAAACAUUGGCAGCCCCGGAGCUCUCACGGUUUCUCUGUAGAAACCGGCUGCCAGCUCCGUCUGCCUUGCCUGUCUGUUCCAGGGUGCUUGCCAGGAGGAAGCUGAUGGGAUGGAAAUUCCCCUAACAGACUGUUCCUCCUCCGUUUCCGAAUCCCUAAUACCUUUGGCUGUGUGGCAAUGACCAAUGUUAUGGGUUUGAUUUUCUGCUUUUCUCUCCUGCUUGCAGCAAGGGUGUUGAUGCUGGUGCUGUGUCCCAGCGCUGUACUCUGAACCACCCCUUGCAGCACACAACCUUUAUUACUUUGGCAGGAGUGAACCACAGGCAGCUGGAAAGGGUAUCCAGUUCUGGCAGAGCCAGGUGGGAGAAGACAUGUUGGCCAGACCUGCUCCAGGCUUUUACAAGGGAGCAGUUGCUUUGGCUGCUGCCUGCCAGGGAUGGUUAAAAGGCCAUGGCAUUGCCACCUGUAUGCCUGGUAUAAAGUGCUUGGCAAGCGUGGGUUGCCCUGAGGAUGCACAGGUGGGGGUCAGGGGCAGUGUUAGCCAAACCAGCAGUAACCACCUACUCAAAGGAAGCAGCACCUUCUUGCCAGUGCUGUCCAGCUCCCUGCUUCCCUCUCUCCAAGUCACACUAGGGACAAAUCCCUCUUAAAACCUCAAACUUGUGAUGGCUGUGAGUGUCUCAAACAGCAUGAAUGGAACAAAAAGAGACCUGCAGGAGGCAGGGUCAAAAGGUAUGAACCCCUAGUAAAAGACUCACAGAGCAGAGAGAGCUCAUUGUGCCUCCCAUUUACACUGCCCCAUUCCAAGCAGCUCCGAAGAAAAGUGAUGCUUCUGUAUCCAUCUGCGUCCAUGUGUUACAAUGCGAAGAGGUGCAGCGCAAGAAUAAAUGGGCCAUUUUUCCACGGAGUCAAGAAAAGAGAUUGGAGUGUAAAAUAUUCCUACUGGAACCCUGCCAGCCUGAGAUGGCACCUCUACAGCCUUACGCAGACUCUUCAGGUUAUUACAUGAGCUAAUGACUUUGAGGAGUUCACCCAUUUUUCAAGAGUCUCCCAGUCCCUCCAUGCUUGUCCAGCACGCCCAGAGCCAGGACCCCAGAGCUCUGUGCCAUGGCCAAGGCAAGACCCUCGUGUUGCAUUUUUCUGCAUCGUCAAGCAGCACUGGGACGUGACUACGCCUGUCUGCCUGCUGGGUCCGUGACAGUCUUCUCCUGGGCCUGCAGCUCGUAUGGAAACUAUGGACAUUGUGUCAAAAGGGGGAAAAAUAUAGCUAUAAAAGUAUAUAUAUGUAUAUGUUGCUCCUUUCUAUCAAAACAAAAAUUUAAUAGGGAUGGCUAUCUAAUACUGGGGGAAAAACCUGUCCAAAGACAGCUACUACAUUCCUGAAUCCUCAGCCUCUGUGAAAGCUUUCCACCUCACCUAGAUGGCAAAACAACAUUUUCAGUCCUGAAGCACUAAAUUUACCCAUUCAUUAGUAAAAAAAUGCUUUUUCUACAGGAUCCCAAGUGCAUUUCCAGUUUACUUAUGGCCCUGUAGCUCCUUCCCAGCCUUUUUGUUGUCCAUUUUGCCUCCCCAUGUUACCAUUCUGGUUGCCUGGCCCUUCUUGCUUUGUCUAUGUGCAGGCGUGAAGUAAUUUAUUGCUUCCAUGAGAGUGGAAGGUCUUGGGUGCAAAUCCCACAGCACUUCACUCCCUAUCAUAGGAUCAGGGACUGGUUUGUGUUGGAAAGAACCUUAAAGAUCAUCCAGUUUCAACCACCUGCCAUGGGCAGCAACACCUUUCACUAAAAGGUGAAAACCCCAUCCCAGCUGGCCUCGAACCCUUCCAGGGAUGGAAUAUGCACAGUUUCUCUGGGCGACCUGUGCCAGUGCCUCACCACCCUCACAGGAAAUAAUUUCUUCCCAAUACUUAAUCUACUCUCUCUGUUUGAAGCCAUGCCACAUUGUCCUGUCACUCCAUGCCCUUGUCAAAGUCCCUCUCCAGCUCUCUAGGAGCCCCUUAGGCACUGGAAGGGUCUCUAGGGGGUUCCCAGAGUCGUCUCCAGGCUGAGCAGCGCUGUGAGCAUCUUAGCAGCCUCCUCCAGACUUGCUCCAACAGCUCAACAUCUUUCUUGUGUUGGGGGCCCCAGAGCUGGAUGCAGCAUUCCAGCUGGGAUCUGGUCAGGGCAGAGCAGGGGGCAGAAUUUUGCCCUGCUGCCCACACUGCUGGUGAUGCAGCCCAGGAUACGUUUGGCUUUCUGAGCUGUGACUGCUCCCUAAUGGGUCAUGGUGAGCUUCUCACCCAACAGCACCCCCAUUUUUCUCCCUAGGUAUGCACUCCAUCCAUUCUCUGCCCAGCCUGUAUUUGUGCUUGGGAUUGCCCCAGCUGAACUUCAUGAGGUUCACACUGGCCCACCACUCAGGCUUGUCAAGGUCCCUCUGGAUGGCAUCCCUUCCCUCCAGCAAUUGCUCUAGAUGCUGUUUCAAAGGCCCAUUGAAAGGUGUGGCAUACCAUCUCCUGGGGAAAACAUCACUGUGCUUUAAGUCUCAUGUGCUUUAAGGUUUGAUUUUUGAGAAGUCAUUUUUGUUCUUGACUCCCAAAAAGAGGACUCAGCCCUCACCAAAAGGAGUUCCCCAUCAAAAUACAGAGGUGUAACUUCACUUGCUUUCAACUCUGGUCUUGUCUCCAGUCCAAAGAGUAGUGAGAAGGAUCCUGACCAAAUCUCACAGCUCAGAGGACAAAAUGCAGUGCUUUGGAGCAGAGGCUGCAUCUCUCAGUGAGAGCAAUAAAGAGCAACAGCUCAAGUCUUCAGUAGCUGGAGCUGGUAUUGAAACAUGCUCCUUUUGAAGGAACGACAGUGAUGGGACUUACUUGGUGUGGCAUCCAAACAUAAGCAGUGCCAUGAGGACUCUGUAGCUGAAUAACAUCCUGUGAACCCAGCCCAGGGGGAGAGGAGCAAGACCAAUUAGGCAUCACAAGAAAUGCCACAUUUGUUUCCUCUGAGAUCUUUAUUUUAUUUUAUUUUUUCCCUUUCAACUGGAGAUUGGCACUUGGAAAAAUCAUUAAGCAGCAGUGACCGGAGGGAGUCACGCAGCUCAUCAUAUCUUUGUCAUCACAGCUAUUGAUCAGAGCCACAGUGAAAAUGGGCCAACAAUGCUAAACAACACCAGGCGAGAGCUGAUGAGAUGAAGGUCAUUAAGAGCCCGGUGCUUGAUUCAGGUUUAGAAGACACAGAUGACUGGGAGCAGUCCCUGAGACACCAUUUGGCCGUAACUUAGGAACAGUGAGGGAUUUCUGUAAUAUAUCUGUAGUUGCUUUAUUGAGUGUAGGGACCGGCAUGAAAUUCUGCUCAGUCUAUUAUACAGACAGUGUAACCAGAAUAAAUCAAAAUUGUUCAAAAAAAAAAAAUCUAAUAAAGUACUUUUUCAGCUGUGACUUGUAAGUGUCACCGUGAUGGAUGGCAGCGCAAUCCAUUAUGCAAAGACAAGGCUCUUAACAUGAAAUUUUAGAAUUCGAUUUUACGAUUUACAGAGAGGGCCCCCCUCGUAUUUACGGCACAGCAGUCUAUUUUGAUUCAAUCUCGGCGUAAUUGAAACCAGGGCCAGGGAUCAUGGUUAGUCCUGUGGCUGCUUUUUAAAAGGGGAGGAGAAACAACUGCCUGUAACAUUAAUAAUGGAGCUAGGGAGAUCGCUUUGCUUGUUAAAUCUCACUCAGUUUAUCUUCUCACCCUGGUGGCUCUUCCAGACCUGGUGAACAUGAACACUGUGCCUCCAUGCCAGGGAUGAAUUUGAUGGGAUAAAAUCUGGCUGCCAUGUGGCCAGCAGCGUCCUCCAUCCCACAGUGAGCAUGGCCUGGGGCAUUUUUGCUCCUGUUGCUACAGUCCUCCACAGGACAAGCUAGUUUUUCAGUACCUCUUUUUAUUAUAAUCACUCAUUUUAUUAUGAUCACUAAAUAGUUCCCCGUUACACCAAAGAAUUUCCAUGAGUUUUAUAAAAAUAAAAAAAUAACCCAAAGCCUUCUUGUGUUUGCUUUUUUUUUUUUUAUUUUUUGGUGUAUUUGUUUUGGGUUGAUUUUUUUUCAUCUCUUGAAAAUAUUUACAUAAAAUUACUUGCGACUGUAGAGCAAACUUUAAACAGACACCUUGGGGGCACGGAGGGCCCUGUCCAGGACCCCUCUUCUCCCUUCUGGAUGAAGGGCCAUUGCAUGUCCUGGGGGCCAUUUCCUGUGGCAGUUUUCCAUCCUCUGCCACCCCAGUCAAAAACAACCCAGCCCACCCUAGGGAAAUCUUCUGUGUUUCUUUUGUACUCUCCUUUAAUUAACAUAAAACUUUGUGUUCCUGACCAAGUGUUACAUAGCUCAGCUGUUAACUCCCAUUCCAGAGGUCAGUGCUUUCUGGGGAGCAUAGAAAAUGACAAAUGAAAAGUAAUUAAAAAAUAUAUACAUAUAUAUAUAAUUUUUUUCCUUAGAGAUGGAAAUUGUUCAAGCAAACACUAAAACUUUCAAAAAAGAAAAAUAAAGUGUUUGAACAGUUCGUAGAUAUUGUUGAAAUAACCAAUCAAAGAAUCACACUUUUCUAUAAAGUAAAAUGUUUAUUUUGUGAGAGGACUUCUAAUGCAGCUCCAGCCAAGAAGAGGACUUUGUAUCAAAGCUGCAUCUGUAAGCCCAGCACUGAAGACUCUUGUCAUUACCCUGUGUAAUAAUUUUCCUGAAGUCUGGAACUAAUUUUUUGAGAAAUUUUUUUUUCUCAAUACUUUGUGUUUCUAAUACUGUAUUCUUGACUGUGUAAAUACAACCAGGCUGUAAAUAAGUGCAGAUGUAGAUACCUUCUAGAAAAAAAAAAAAGCAAACAGACAGAAAUGACCAUGUGUAGCCUUCAGUGACAAAUAAAAGAAUAUUUUGUGUUUAAA